AUGUACAUCGGUGUCCACAAAUGGAUUGUGAACCAUCUUGAGCUUCACAUCCAGUUGAUUCUCUGCCUUCUCGAACUAGCGUCGUUCGACGAAAACCGUAAUUGUUAUUUUCUGCGCGGAUAUCAAUUUCUCGGUCGGAACUCCAGGUUGGGUCAAGCAUUGACGUUUGGUGUUUGUUUAACAUAUUUUCAAACGUGGGUCUUCUUUUGGAAUAACAGCAAUUGUACGCUAUACUAUCGUCCUCCAGACCAAUGGAGAAAAUGGCCAGACCUGUUCCUAUAAACUCAUCUUUCCAACCUCCAACUAAUGGCGUACUGAAAUCCCUGUUGGAGAAUCCAAUGAAGCUGCCAUUUCAUCAUGAAGAAGGUUUUGGAAAAGAGAAGAAUGAGAAAGAGAAAAAGUUGGAUGAGGAAGGCGGUGCCAAUACUCCACAGUCGGCCUUCCUGGGGCCAACCCUGUGGGACAAGACCUUGCCAUAUGAUGGGGACAACUUUCAGCUGGAGUACAUGGACCUGGAAGAGUUUCUGUCAGAGAAUGGCAUCCCCGCAAACUCAGCUCAGAAUAACCAAAACCAMCCACAGCAGUCCCGGCAGCCCACUAUCCAGCAGGUUUCCCCUGCACCCCCCAUACCCUCUGUGGUCGACCUCAGCAGCCACGCCACUACCUCCGUUCAUACAMCCAUGGUCUCCCAGAACUGUCUCCAGAGCCCCCCAGCCAGAGCAGUGCUGCCCUCAGCUGCCAGGAACACCCCCAGCCCCAUCGAUCCAGAGUCUAUUCAAGUUCCAGUGGGCUACGAGCCCGAUCCUGCAGACCUGGCUCUGUCUAGCGUGCCCGGACAGGAGAUGUUUGACCCCCGAAAACGCAAGUUCGCCCCAGAGGAGCUCAAACCACAGCCCAUGAUCAAAAAGGCACGCAAGAUCUUCAUCCCUGAAGAUCUCAAGGAUGACAAGUACUGGGCCAGACGCAGAAAGAACAACGUAGCAGCCAAAAGAUCACGGGAUGCCAGGCGACUGAAGGAGAACCAAAUUGCCAUCCGGGCUAGCUUCCUAGAGAAGGAGAACGGUGCGCUUCGCUCAGAGGUGGCCGACUUGAGGAAGGAACUGGGUCGCACCAAGAACAUUGUGGCCAAAUACGAGGCUCGGCAUGGGCCCCUGUGAACCUCCCCAAACCAACGUCCACGCCACACCCUUCCCCCUCACCCAAGAGUUUGAAGGACAAUGUGCCUCCCUUUUGGUGGCACUGGCCCCCCACACACCAGCCCCUCACCCCUGUACAUGAUAAUCCUAUAUGAUUCUAUCAUUUGGAAUUUGAAUUCUGUCACUGGCAUCCGUUUGUUUGUUCCUUCUGUUUUCUCACUCACCCUUCAUGUACACACAUGUACAUGGGGUAUGAGUAUGUAUGUAUGUAUGUACAAUAUGCACACACACUUUCCUCUUUCAAGUACUACAAGGCACUUUGAGUGUUAAUGAGCCAACAACCUACUCUCCGGAUCCCUACCCUGUCCCCUCCUUCCAUUGUUCAUUUUGUAAAUGAUGCCAUGGUGUUUGUUUUCCCCCUUUCUCACCUGUUUUAUACAUGUGAUCAGGACUGAGAACUGUUGUAAUGUAUCUCCCUCCCCAUCCUUAUGUUCUUCUAGUGCUGUUUUCAGAGGGAUUAUCCUCCUACCUAAGACCCUGUUCCUGUCUGUUAUGUCCUGUACCUUUCUGUAGCAUCCUUUCUCGAACGGUUUGUACUGCGCGUACAUUCAUAUUGCAAUUUUUUUAUGUUAUUGUACUUCCGUUAAUAUUAUACAUUUUCGUGUCCAUUGUUGUUCUAUUGCAGCGCUGUAAAAUCAGUUCAUCACAUCAGGACUAUAAGCUACUCUUGUGAUUUUUAAUAUUUUCUUGUUAGCACUUAACCUCCCUCUCAAACCUCAGUAUAGCUGUACAGUUGAAAAGAAAAACCAGCGAUUCUUUUCUAUCACACAUUGAGCAAUAAUCUUUUCCAAAUCUAUAUUAAUUCAUGCUACCAAGUUUUUCCUCCCACACCGAUUCCCCAAUCAGAGCACCUCUUGGUCUCCAGUAGAACCCACAAGCCUCUUGUCUCGCGUUGCGCGGCGCGGUCAUUUUCUGUUGGGAGUUGCGCUAGCUAGCAUGGUGAUGGUGAACAGAUUUCCCACCCUGUGCUCAGUGGUCUCUCUGCUGCAGCCUGUUCCAAAACCACAACUCAGCUAACCCUCUCUGCACUAAUCUUCUAACGCGUGUCACAAUCUGCCCUGGUGCAAUGUUCCUCAGUCUAAUCUGUCUGAUAUUUAUGUAUCUUUUCUGUUAAGGACAGAUGAAUUUUUUGGAAUAUUCAAUUUGUUAAUUGAUAUUAUUAUGACUUCUAUUUGUGUCGUUGAUAAUGUUAUUCUUCUUAUUAUCAUCUCAUUGUUUUUAUUUUAAUAUUUCCGCAUGAUUUCUCAGAACACAAACCUCAAACUAAUCGCAAAGUGGUUUAAUUAUUUCCUUUUUAUUUAGCAUGAUUAACAAGAGUGGUUCUUUUAAUAAUCAAUAGAGAUAUCUGUAUUUUUGUAGCUAUGUGUUUGCCUUCUUCUGUAAGAUGGCUGUAUGAAUGUAAAAGAUGUUGGAAAAAAAGUUGGAUGGUGUUGUCCAGUACUGUGGUUAUCCCAAACAAUUAGUUUACUACAAACCAAAAUAUUCAGUACAGAGAUGAUAUAUUGGUUAWAAGAGAUGUUUAUAUAAAGCUAUUCUAUAUGGGUUUUUUUGUACAGUAUUUUUCCUAUACAUUACUGGCUAUGUAUUUUAAAGGCACAGAAUCCAGAAUAGUAUUAUUUAUUAAAGAAUACAAAUACAUUACUCAAAGAACCAAUAUAGUAGUGUUUUGAUAUCUUAACCAUAAUAAUGUGGUAGUUUUACAGCGAUUCAUCCAAAUCCAGCAGCAGUAACAGAUACUUUUGGGCAUUAUUGGAAGACACUCCUGUAUCCUGGUUAUAUACUAUAGAUUUAGCCGUUAGUAACCUUUAGUUCCUUGUGUCAUGGAAUCGUAGUGCUUUAAGCUCGAGUCUCCCCAACGUUAACAUGAAAUAAAGUUGUGAGUAUGGAGGAUGGAAUGUAUGGAAUGAUCUUUAAUUGGUUUCUGUAGAGACCCGCUAUUGUAAAGGAGAUGCCAACACUUGCUUGCUAUUGAUUGUCCUCGAUGUCACCACUAGGUGUCUCAAGAAGACUCCUGUUAUGGGUUCCUUCACUCAGAUGACCAAAAUAUGUCGCAGGAGUCCUUUGAUGGUAAAACUGAAAAGGUUUACCUUUAGUCAUAUUCUGAUAUAUACUAAUAUUUGGAGCCAUCUCUAUGUUCACUAGUUAGAAUGAUGUUACAAUGAAGGGGGAGGGCAAUUUCAGGUUACUGUAGCUGCUGUUUGUCUGCUUGUUAGACCUUGCAGUUCUAGUAAGCCCCACUGCCUGAGUGAUAUUACUCUCAAMGACACUGCAUAGCUUACUGAYGUCUCUAUUUCUGCUAUAAUACUUCAUUAAAUUCACAAUUGACCAAAUACAGUGUAGUGUUCCUUACCUGUUGKAGAUCAUGGUCCAGCCAAGGUGAGAGUAGAGAUMAUAUGUUUUGGCUGUAGAGAAAUGGCUGYAGGMGGUUUUCCUUAUUCACAUUUCUWUAGCCCAUCCGUACAGAUAUGGGUUUUGUUAGRUGUGUGUGUCCAUGUACUUUAACAUYCUAUUCUGUACCAUGGACGUACCAUAUGAAAGAAUAGGAUAAAGCCAUUACCAGUCCACACAUUGCCCACAUACCUCCCUGUAGAGUGACUUCACUACCUCACCCAUGAAUGGAAAAAAGUAACCAUAAUUCUGAGUCUAUUCCAGUGCCUUGAAUACACUGACUGUUCCUCAGUCUCUCAGCGAUGUAAUGUCAUUAUCACCACUUGAAUAGGUUCAGAUCUAAUGCAGCAAAUAUUCUAUAUAUUUACAAUUGUCUUUUUACUUAUUUAAAACACUACAAUUAACUAAUUACCAUUGUAUUAAUGGCAACACCAAUGGACUGUUUCACAGAGGGUACAAUAGAUACACAAUGAAAGGAGUAUUCUGUCUUGUUUAUCAUGGAAUMAAUGCAUAACAUAUGAUAUUCAGUCCUUGGCCUCCCUUUCUGUAAUUCGUAGUGUCUAAUAAAGGAUUUUCUGUUUCUUUU